GUGUGGGGGCGGGGAUUGGUCAGAUCAGAGUCACAAGAUUAUGUUGGGGGCGGAAAAAAAAAAAUACUGUUCUGUACUGCCCUCCUCCGGUCUAGACAGAUCAAUUGAGUCUGCGCUUCAGGGAAAAAAUGAGUGAAUCACUGGUUGUGUGUGACGUUGAUGGAGACCUAGUGAAAAAGCUACGUGAAUUCCGCUUCCGGAAGGAGACUAACAAUGCUGCUAUCAUCAUGAAGAUUGACAAGGACAAGCAGCUUGUCAUCCUUGAUGAAGAACAUGAGGAUAUUUCUCCUGAUGAUCUGAAGGAUGAGCUGCCUGAAAGACAGCCCAGAUUUGUGGUGUACAGCUACAAGUACGAACAUGACGACGGGAGAGUCUCUUACCCUCUCUGUUUCAUCUUCUCCAGUCCAGUGGGAUGUAAACCCGAGCAACAGAUGAUGUACGCCGGAAGCAAAAACAAACUGGUGCAAACUGUCCAGUUGACCAAGGUGUUUGAGAUCAGAAACACGGAGGACCUGACAGAGGAAUGGCUGAGAGAGAAGCUGGGCUUCUUCGGUUAAGACCAGGCCCUUUUGGUGAUCUAAUGGACUGAAGGGUUUAGAGGAGGAACGAGACACUUGGAAAGAAAACUACACCAUUCCUUACGUUUCCCUUUCUCCUGUUUCCUUCCCUCCUCCGAUGUACCUAUUCCCAUACAACCCCCCCCGCCCUCAACAUGUGCCAGUUUCCUGUGUCCUUAAUGAAAUUAACACUACCACUCCUUCUGAGAUGGACAGAGCUUUUCUUGUCCUACACAAGCAAAAUUCAAGGGAAAUUGAAAGGAAUUGUCACGGUGGCAAUUUAAUUUGAGUUUUUCUCGUUUAGUAAUAAUUACAUAAUUAUGACCUGAUAGAUUAGAUUCUAACCACGUUUUAUUUUACUGGAACCAAAAGGAUAGUUCUGAUAGUAAGAGGUGAUCUGUGAUUUGGGGAGCUGUUUAAUGUUUUUUAUUAAGUCAUAAAUAUAUGACUUGUGGGAGGACGCUGGGUUGUGAAGAUACAAUACUGUUUUGAUUCUUCUUUAUACAUUUUCAAGAUGGAAGUGCCUCCAGGCUUGAAGCACUUUUGACCUUAAAUCACACAAUCAUAGCCAUUAAUUUUACAUCCACAUUCAAUGUAUCUUUGACUAUGUUGUGUGUACUUUCUCCCUCUGCUUGGAAAGGUAGAUCAGUAUAAAGAAAUACAUUCAUUUCUUACAACAUUCACUCACUGAUUGAAGUUUAUAUGACACCAUAUGAUAACAAAGAAUAUUAAUCCAAAUUACAAUACUCAAAAAAAGACAGUUUAAAAUACAAUUCACCAUCUUGUUUCUGGAUCUAUAUAUUCUUAUUGCAGUUGAUCCCCUGGGAAAAGGAAUCAUUGAUGCUCUUGGUCGAUAAGUAACAUUUUAAGAGCCUGCAGCUAACGUCCCUGACUGAGAGUGUUUCUGAGUGACAGUUGGUUAUCUCUGUUCAUCUUUGUUUUAGAGUAGAAUCAUUGUGAUUCUCAGUGAGACUUUGCAGUGAGGUCAUGGUACACUAUUCCCUACAUAGUGCACUACGUUUGGUCAUGCGCUAUAUAUGGAAUAGGGUGCCAUUUGGGACCGAGUUUUACCAUUGAACUGUUGUGUCCUUCAAAGUGGAGCACCUGUUUCGCCUACAAAGAUUUUCAUUGAUACGUUCAUGAAAGAAACCUCGUGUUUUGAUUUAUACCCUGAUGAAGACAGCUUGUCUGUCGAAACGUUGGACAUAAAACAUUUUUUUGCAUCUAAGCUGGCUCUCCUUUAUUAUCUUAUUGAUAGUGUUCCACUCCGCGAGCCAGCACCUCGCCUAAAUAGGUGUGCGCUACUUUCGCGGCGAGAACAUUCUUGAAAGAAACCUCGUGUUUGAUUCAGGACCAGUUUGUCAGACGUAGAUUAAUCAUCCUAGUCCUGAACUAGAAAGCGAUUUUUCAAUAGCGACUCAUUUAAUGUGUGUCUGGGGAAACCGACCCUAGAAACAUCAGUCUGUGUCCCAACCUAGGACAGAUGUGAAAACACUGGGAGAUUAGAGAAUAAUCUUUUUACCUUUUUAAAACUUUUAUUUUAGCAGGCAUUAAAAAAAAAAAAAAACUUGAAGGGGCAGUUUCCUGGGCACAAAGUAAGGCUAGUCCUGGACAUUAAAAAAAACAAACAGUUUUGCCCAUUGAACAUGCCUGUUAGUCCAGGACAAGUCUUAAUCUACAGUAUGUUUGAGAAACCACCCUAAAAAUAUAGUGUAUUACGUCUAAACUGGUAAUAUGCCAUAAGGCUGUCUCUCUUUCCAUCAGAGUAUUCUUCUGAAGAACAGAUUUAGAAUGUAAACAAACAAUGUGUACAUCCCAAGUUACACUCUUCCCCUGUAUAGUGCACUAUGGGUCCAUGGGACUGUGGUCAAAAGUAGUGCACUAUAAAAAGGGAAUAGGGUGCCAUUUGGGAUGUACGUUAUGACAUGUCUUCCCAUCUGCAGAAACGUGACAUUGAAAAGCAAAAAUAAGACUACAGCUUUAAACAUCGCCUCAUAGUCCGUAUAUCUGAACUGUACUGGAACAUUCCUGUUUUUACUCUGAAUUGUGCAAUCGGCUGGUGUCAAUGUGAAAAAUGAAAAUGCUUAAUAAUCUGUUCUAAAAAAUAUAUAUAUAUAUAACUUUGAUGUGGUAAGCUACUUUCAUAUACAAGUGCAUGCUUUCGUCAGUGUGUCUUUUGUCCGGACAGUUUGCGUUAUGACGACAGCAACAACAAAAAACAAUCCCGAACAAACCUUCAAUAGUGUGUCAGUAUGUACUGCAUGUUCUUUGUUUUACACCGUGAAUGUAUCCUCCAAUAAUCGAUUUUAAAAAUUGGCGUACUUUAGUUGACACAAGCAAUAAUAUAGAGAACAUGCAUGCAAAUGGCAAUCCAAGGGGGAAAUUGCUGACAGUGUGUUAAGGUUAAACACUACAGUAGUUUGAUAAUUAUCAACAUGUUUUUUUGUUUGUUGAUAAUAUGGAAUGUAUUCCAAAUGGCACACUGUUCCCUUUUAUAGUGCACUUCUUAGUCCUAUGGUUUUAUAGUGCACUUCUUAGUCCAAUGCUUUUAUAGUGCACUAUGAAGGGAAUAGGCUGCCAUUUGGAACUGAUACAUGGAGAUAAUCAGCCUUGGGAAGAAUUCUUCAACCUGCAUUCAUGAAUAAGAUAUAGCUAUAUCCGUGUAAAAUCAUGUGGCUUAUUAAGUGUCUCGAUCGCUCUGAAUUGAUGUAUUUUUCCUAUAAUAGUUCUGUACUUUCUCAGAUCAACAGCUUUUAUUACAUUUUUUCUUAACCAAAACAGCGUCUCAAACAUGUAACAUAUUCAGCUACCCAAUGGUGUCAGUGAAACUUGUGAAAUAUUUGUAUUUUUCCAUGCUUUAUACACUUGUCCCAAUAAAACAAAACAAAAAUA